AUGACGCGCGUACCUCCCACUCUCCCCGUCAUCAUCAUGGGCGCCGGCAUGGUCGGCUUGACCCUCGCCCAAGCCCUCAAAAAAGCCGGUAUUCCAUAUGAAGUCUACGAGCGCGACACUUCCUAUGAUACCGAAAAAGGCCGCGGAUGGGCCCUAACAGUGCAUUGGUCCCUGGGUGCCCUGGAAGAAUGCCUUCCCGAAGAGCUUUUCAAUCGGAUAGAGUCCAUCCAAGUGGACCCCACCCUGGAGGAUAAUGGCCGCUUUUGCUUCAUCGAUCUAGCGACCGGAAACCCAAAAUAUGUCAUCCCCCCAAACAAGCGUCACCGCGUAAACCGUCGGCUGCUUGGGAACUUACUUGGUGAGGGAAUAGACAUCCGCUAUAACAAAGCACUUGCGGGAUUCGAUGUGCAGAAUGAUGGAGUUCAGGUGUCCUUCACGGACGGAACAUCCACAAAGGGGUGUUUACUGAUUGGCACAGACGGACGCAACAGCAAAACCCGUCGACUUCUUCUUGGCGAGCGACUUGGUGGCCUCAAUCCACUUCCCGUGAACAGCGUCGGCGCAACUAUCACUAUGACGCCCGAAGAACUGGCACCAAUUCGCACCAUUGAUCCCCUUCUUUUCCAGGGAACACAUCCAGAGUCUGGUGUGUAUAUGUGGUUCUCCCUCGUGUCCAGUCCUACCAUCAACGGAAGCGAGGGGACAGAAAACCCAUACUACGAGGGCCAACUGAUUCAAUCGUGGCUCCGCAAGGAUGCAGCCGAUAAUGUUCCGGAGACAGAUGAGGAGCGGCUUGCGGUAUUUAAACGCAAUGCGCAAAAAUUCGAUCCUCGUCUCCGGGACGCGGUCAUGUCCCUCCCGGACGAUACGAAGGUCUUACAUAUCAAGCUGGUCGAUUGGGUACCCAUGCCCUGGGAUAACCACAAUGGCCAUGUAACAGUCGCGGGCGAUGGCGCUCAUGCUAUGACUUCGUAUCGUGGGGAGGCUUUCAACCACGGUGUCGCCGAUGCGGCUGUGCUAAGCCGAAACAUUAUCUCUGCGUGGUAUUCCGUAGACUCGAGUAAUACCAUGCAGACUGCUGUGGACAAGUACGAAGUGGAAAUGCGUGCUCGGACUUCCGAUGCUGUGUUACUGAGUACACAGGCUUGCUUGGAGGCGCAUAAUCUGCACGCGCUGCAACCGGAUAGCCCGUGUGUGAGUAAACGGGCGCAGGUUGCCAAGGAAGCGAGGGAGGCGAGAGCGCAGGCUCGACUGGAGAUGGUUCGCUGA